AUGCAACGGUAUCAUCAGUCUGCAGGAAGCGUUCAGACAGCAACCAUCCUAUCAACCUAUCAACCGGCAGUCAACCAACCAACCGAACCGUAUCAACAAUGAACUUCAACAAGAUCUUCGUCUUCGUCGUUCUGGCGGUACUGCUGCUCUGCAGCCAGACGGAAGCGGGACGCCUGAAGAAGCUGGGAAAGAAGAUUGAAGGAGUUGGCAAGCGUGUGUUCAAGGCAGCUGAGAAAGCUCUCCCGGUGGUGGCAGGUGUCAAGGCUCUUGGAUGAAGAGAGAGAGAGAGAGAGAGAGAGAGAGAGAGAGACAAGGAAUCUGAAGAAGAUGACUACGUAGAACUUAAGACGAGGUCUCUGAUAAUUGAUUAAGAAUGUUUUACCACAUCCAGUGUACAUGUCUGUGAAGAAAAGGAAGAUGAUGCUUUAGGCAAAUAAAAUCUAAUUCAAAUAUACCCUCUAA